AUCAAAAAAGGAAUGAGAUCGAAAAAGAAAGCAGAGCAAACAUUAAAAAAACAACAAUUGAAAAUGGGUUAGAAUGUAAAUAUUAAUUGCAAAAUUCUAUUAAAAAAAAAUCUAAUCACAUAUUAUUAUUUAUGUUAAAGAGAUUAGAAUACAUUAUGGACGAAGAUAAAUUCGCAUUAGUGGAGAAAAUAAUAAAAGAUGUACACAAUGUUUUAUCGAAAAUAGCUGAGUUAUACGCUUUUGAUGUGGUUCCUAUGGACAACAAUUUUCAGAAUAAGUCCCCUGUUUUGCAUUUGGAGAAUUGUUUAGGCCUGGAGUCAUGGUGUGUGAAACAUGUAUAUAUGUAUUGUUACUCGGAGCUUAUGGACAAAUAUUGUAUGAAACCCAAACGCAAAUCAAGAAAAAUAGCCUUUAGCUGUGAUAGAUUGAUCAAGCUACUAAAUGUGACUCUUCUACUCAACCCAGAGAUCAACUCCUUAUGGAAUAAGAGACGUGAAAUGGUCCUUCAGUCAUUGUUGGAUAAGACUGUGGAACUGCAUUUUGCCCGGCUUGUAUUAUCGAGAAAGCCAAAAUGUAAUGAAGCAUUUUCCUACAGAAGAUGGCUGUUAGAGUUAUUAUUAGAAGAUAGUACCCUGCCAAUGCAUGUUGUAGAAAGCUUAGUGAAUGAUGAACUUAUCAUUUGCGACCUAGCAUCGGACAAGAGCCCUAACAACUACCACAGCUGGAAUCAUCGCAUGUGGCUGUUAAACAGACUCAAAACUAUUAAAUCCAGUUUCAACUUAGAUGCUCUGUUCAUCAAAGAAUACCAUUUUGCAGAGAAGUGGACAUCCAAACAUGUGUCAGAUUUUAGUUGUUUCCAUUACUAUCAGUUUUGCUUAAAAAAUAUUUAUAGUUUAAGUAACGAAUUGUGGAAAAGUCUUCAAAGUUCACUAAACGUUAAUUUAAGAAAGGUUCUCGUAAAUGUCUUAGCUGCAAAUUUUCCUAAGGAUGUAACGGUUCAAGCAUCAGAGGAAAAUUUGCUGAGCUACUCGGAAGAAAGUCUGAUGAAACUGUUACUUGCCUACACCAAUAAGAACUGUAAAUGUAUUGUAGAUUAUGUACAGCUAUGUAGAAAAGUAGAAAUAUUAUUUCAUUUGCUAGUAAUGAAUGAUGAGUUAGUUAGAUUCUAUAAGCAUCACGAGACAUUGUGGUAUCACAGAAGGUUCAUACUGCAUGAAAUCUUUGUGAUCAUGUAUGAUCAUUUUGGUCUCGUUAGACGUAAUGGUGCCCUCGUGAAGAAAAGUUGCAAAACAUGUAAUUGUGAUGAGUUGAGGCAGAAGCAGGCUAAGAUAGUCAGAUAUGACAGUAAUCACAUCUAUUCUAGUGUGUUUUUCAAUGUGAUAUUGACACAUGAGAAGAAAAUGAUAGAAGAGCGACGGACAGAUGGUGACAACUAUGCCGACAGACAUGAAAAAUAUUUGAAGUUUGUUGAAGGACUUAAUAGUGUCAUAUAAUGAGAUUUUGUAAUUCGCAAGGGUUAGGGCCAUAGCAAACUCGAUGCUUUUAUCAUGGCGAUUGGUGACUGCAUCGAUGCUGUAUGCGUUUUGACCACUUUCUGCAUUCAAUCACUGUAUUGAAAUCCAUACUAAUUAAAAAUGCAGAAGUGUCUGUCUGCUAGCUUUUUAUGACCCAUCUGUUUAACCAAUUUUGAUGAAAUUUGGUACAGAUAUAGCUUGCAUCUUGGGGAAGGACAUACAUAGGCUACUUAUUAUCCUGGGAAAGCAAAGCCUUCCCUGCUGAAUAUUUGAAAAACCUAAAUCAUUCUUUAAUAUUUGAAUCCUUAUUUAAUAAAUAAAAUCAACUUGGUCACUGUGACUGGAGAUUCAAUCGCUGCAUCGAGUGUCAGAAAAGCAACUACAUAGCUGAUUGCUGAUGCUUAAAGCAUGGUGUCUGCUAUGGCCCCCAAGGCUCCCGUUUAUUGCUACGCAUGGACAUGCUACGCAGGUUAAGUUUUUAUGGAAAGGUAUCACCAUUGCAACCCACGCAGUCAGUCAAAUGAACCGAGGCAAGCUACAUUCGUCAUGUGUCCGUGUCAAGCAUGAGAAUCCACGUGAAAGUUGUGAUUUUCACAUUGCUACAAUCGCAAUUGUUGUGAUUGGACGAAUUUAUGCUGUUAUUCAUAGCAACUAUUUUUUUAUCCACUGACCUCUGUUAAUAUAAGUACGCUGGACUUGCGAUUGCUGACAUGUUUUAGAAGCAACUUGAUUUUCGCCAUUUUAGCGCUGAUAGCAGCAGUGAGCGUCAUGUGAGCGUACUCGGAACUAAAUGUUAGUGAUGAGUUAACAUAGUGUCAAUACGAAGAUCAUUUGUCGCAAAGUAUCCAAUUUAAUUUACAGUAUGCUCCGUGAGGCGCUUCGAAUCUGCACAAAAAAUGAUUUGUUAUGGCAUAUCUCUUCCAGCGUACUUAUAUUAUGUCCAUUUAAGUGAUUUUAGCCAAUAUUGACAGUGUCAGGCAAUCGGGUGAUUGCGAUUGUUACAUACCAAAUGACGGCGGACCUCUUGGCGAUCCUAACUUUCGUAUUUUAAAAUGUAAGCUUUUCCAAUUUUCUAUGAUGAUUGUAUUAGAGAUAUGAAUAAAAUAAUCGUAAUUGUACUGUACACAAUCUCUAACCUAAUAAGACAAGUAGAAAUCUAUUUCUUUCCUUUUCCGCAGGCAGUAUUGUGAAAGGCACAUAAUAUAAUGCCAUGCCAUUUUUAGUUUAGAGAUUGUACAACAGAAUUAUCAAGCCAAAUUGAACAUCAAUGUGGUACCUAACUUAUACAAAGACUACUUUCCUUAAGUUGCGCUAAUCACAUUGGUGUUCUGAUGUAAGUAUAAUCAAUAAUCAUUCUUGAUGUUGUAAUAAAUUACCUAAUUUAAGUUAUUUUAAACUUUAUUUUAAGAUGUAAAAAAGACAUGUAAAUGUUAAGACUUUAAUGUAAAGAAAACGAUAUUAAAAUGAAUUAAGGUAACUUCCUGUCCUCUCUCGUGGUAAUUAAAAGGUAUUCAAACAUUCUAUACAUAUCUAUUCAUAGAUUCAAGGCACAUUGUGCAGGCGAAGCGCAGCUAUGCGUAUUUUUAAAGUCCGCUCUUCACUCACGCCCGACAGUACUUGAAACAGCGAACGAUAAAGAUGGAAGCUUUCCGUCCACCCCCCUCUUUAUGGUUGUAACGAAAACUACCGUGGUAGGUGCUGUAUGUUUACUGCCGCACGGUUUCUAAUUCAAAUUGUCUCCAGUCAUUUUGUGUCUGCCAAUAAAGCAGCGGCUAGUGUCGCAUCUGUAUGGCCCAAUCAUGAGCCAGUUACGAUUUACGUUAAUAAUUUUACUAAAAAUUAUUUAACUGACAUGAGUUUGUGCCUUGUGCCUUCUAUUAUUGAAUGGCAAUAUUAUUAAAACGCGUCAUCUAUGUUUUAUCAUUCGCUGCCCGGAACGCUCACAAUCGUGUGUGUGGUGCCGUUUUUUCGCCUUCGCGCUUCGAGACCUUCCCAAUCCGAUGUCGCUUUUUUGUUCGCGGCAAAGGUUGUUGUCAAUAUUUAAACUAUCGUGAGUGAUUUCCAUUUUAAGUAUAGAAUGGCUAUACUCUCGUAUUUAGUCUAAUAAUAUGUGAGUAUAGCAGAUACAUUCUGUACUUAAAAAGGCACUGUCCAUACGUUCUGUAUGUUUCGCAGUGAGCGCAGGCUCUGCGAUGUGAAUGAUUAGCAGACAUGAAAUAUUUAUAGUAAACUAAUGCGUGUAACGAAUUCCCCAUGCGUAUAUUUAUUGUUUCACACACAUUUAUCCUAUCUAUAACAUCACCUUACCUUAAAGGACAUAGAUCAAUUUACUUUAAAUCAUUUUUAGAAACUACGUCGUUACGCUUCGAUUUUGUUAUCAUCGUACCUUGAACCAUAGUGAACCAUAGAGAACCAUGAGAAAGAAGUACUAUGCCCCUAAUGCGAGUUUGCAUAUCUAAUUUUUUCAAUUGUACUAUUCGAUUUUAUGACUUAAACACAGUUUAGACCUAACUCCCUUCUUUUAAAGUCAUAUGUUUUUGUACAACCGAUUUUUAAUCUCUUUUUUUUUCUAAAGCUUGCUAGGGGCGCGGCGCUGGCUGUAGAUAUCAGGAGCAAAACGACAUUUUUCGUAUUCAAAACCUAUGAAAAACUCGUACUAGGGGUUUUGUGAAAGAGUGUACCUAUUAGAAACACAUAGCAAAACAAAAUGGACAAGGAAGGAUUGCUUUUCCUAAGCCUCAAUUAAGUUGGUGUGAAAUUAGAGCAUUGUAUGAGCUAUAGAAUUCUGCUAGAUUAUAGAAUACUAGGUAAGUAAAAGAGGUUUAAAAUGAAAUGACAAAUUUUUAUAUUUUAAAAGUGCAAUGAAAUUAAGAAUUAU